GGACUCUUAAUUUUACAGAGCUUGUUGACCCUGAAAUUUUGUAUCUAAUCGAAUUUUAUGCACCAUGGUGUGGUCACUGUCAAUCUCUUGCACCCGAAUAUGAGAAAGCAGCCACUAUUCUAAAACCCGACAACAUAAAACUUGCAAAAGUUGACUGUACCUCUGAAACCGAAAAAUGUCGUGAAUAUGAUAUUAAAGGUUAUCCAACUUUGAAAGUUUUUAAGGGAGAUAAAAUUACCGAUUAUGGUGGAGGAAGACAAGCUGAUCUAAUCGUUAGUUACAUGAGGAAACAAGCAUUACCGGCUGUAUCUGAUAUUACCGUAGAUACUUUUGAUACCUUUAAAGAUUCUGAAAAUGUUGUUGUUAUUGGUUUCUGGAAUAUUGAUAGUCAAAAAGAGCAUGAUGUUUUUGUUGAAGUUGCUGAAAUAUUACGAAACAGUUAUCUUUUCGGACAAACUGGACAAAAAGAAGCAGCCGAUAAAGCUGGAAUAACUGCUCCUGCAGUAGUUCUUUAUAAUAAACUCGAAAAAAGCAUGGAAUUAUUUAAUGAUACGUACGAAAAAGAAAAACUUGUUAAUUUUAUUAAAGCAUAUUCUGUACCAGUAUUGGGUGAAAUUGGGCCAGAAAAUUAUUCAUCUUAUGUCGAUUCUGGUUUACCUAUUGGAUUCUUAUUUUAUGAAAAUGAGGAACAAUAUAAGCUUCUUAAAUCUUCUGUUGAACCAAUUUUACAAAAAUGCAAAGGUCGAAUGACUUUUGGUUAUAUUGAUGCCACUAAGUAUGGCGCUCACGCAGAAAAUAUUAAUCUAAAACAACAAUGGCCAGCUUUUGGUAUUCAAAAACUUGUGGAAAACGAUGAGUUUGAAAAAUAUCCAUUCGAUCAAAGUAAAGAAAUUACUCCCGAAUCUCUUGGGGAAUUCGUAACAUUAUUCGUAGAUGGCAAAAUUUCACCUGCUAUAAAAUCUCAACCCAUCCCAGAGAAAAAUGAUGGACCUGUAUAUACUUUGGUAUCUUAUAACUUUGAGGAAGUUGUUUAUGACAAGUCUAAGGAUGUACUCGUUGAAUUCUAUGCUCCAUGGUGUGGACAUUGCAAGAAGCUCGGUCCCAUUUAUCAUGAAUUAGGAGCACUCUAUAGCGAAUAUAAGGAUAAAAUAUUAAUUGCAAAAAUGGAUUGUUCUGAAAAUGACCUUCCACCCAUAGUUCCUUUCAAAAUUGGAGGAUUCCCCACGAUCAAGUUAUUCAAAGCGGGAGAAAAGGAAAUUGUUGAUUACGCGGAUGACCGUUCAUUAGAGAGUUUCGUAGAAUUUUUGAAACAGAACGCGGUGAAUAAGGUUGAAGUCAAAGUUGAAGUUGAAAGAAAACAACCUAAUGAUAUUGAAUAUGGUCAUAAUGUUGAUUUCAGCGAAUUAAAAACAGCAUCUGAAGUUCUUGAUGAUUAUCUCGAUUCAAUUUACAACCUAAAUUCAGAAGUUGUCGCGGCUCUGGAAGAGUUGCGCCAUUUAGACGAACAAUGUGAAAGGUUACGAAAAAUUUGUAAAGAAUGUCAAGAUAAAAGUUUUGCAUGUAUGGAUUCCGAACAAAAAGAUGAUGGUGAUAAAGAUUCGAGUUAUUGGAGAAAUAUGGCAGAGUCGUGUAGUGCGGAAUCGCUGCAAAAACAUGAUGAAAAAAUUGCUAUCACGGAUAAAUUGUAUAAUUUGCUCACUCGACACUACGAUAGAUUAGAUGAAGAAUUGGCUCGUAAUAAUAUACAUUUAGAUGAAUUUGGCCAUAUGGUUCAAUGUGAUCAUCCAAAGUGUGAGACUGGAUGGUAUCACUGGGAAUGUGUUGGACUUUCACAACAACCAUCAGGUCAAUGGUUGUGCCCAGAUUGCGAAUUCACUCCAUAUCCACAAGUGGUUGAACAUAAUCCUAUAGAUAGUAUUAUGCAACAUGCUUUCGAAAGUUUUGCUAUGUAUUCAUAUCCAGGGCAAGGGAUUGAUGAUUUUACGCUCACCAAUCAUCCAUAUCAUUGGUGA